CCAAUGUGAGUGCCAAUUGCAAGCUGAGUGCAACGUAUGUCUCAAGGACCAAUCACGUUCUUGCGUUUCAAAAUGGCAAUGAACGACUUCUACUUCGUUCGAAUAUUCUGGGAACACGUAGGACAUUGUAUAUGUUAUGCGGCAGUCCAGAUGGGAUGCAACUCAUCUGUAACGCGGACGGCACAUUUACGCCACAGUUGCCAACGAGAAAUUGUGCCAUACCAAUCAAGGCGACUGUUGAAAAAGCCGCCAACGACGCAUGUACCCAUUCCUUGUACCGAGUGGGGUAUAGGGUAAGCAACAAUGAGUUCCUGGAAUUAUACAGAAGUUGCUAUGAUGAAAAAAAGAUACAAGUUCACUAUGUCUCUUAUGACGCAUAUUACAACACUCUGGGUGAUACCCGUCCAGAUCAAACCUUUACCUCAGACCGCAUAAUCAGCAGUGCCGCCGGAGCCUCAUUUGAGGCCAAGAACUAUUAUAAACUGUUCGAGGCACUUUUAGGCCCACAUCAAACUUAUGUAAACUCGGAGCGUCAUCUCGUCAUCCAUCGUGGCCAUUUGGUGCCGUCAGCUGGGUUUGGCUUUGAGCAACACAAGAAAAUGACAUUCAAGUAUAUCAAUGCGGUGCCACAAUUUGGCGAUAUUAAUUAUGGCAAUUGGAAAAGAAUUGAGACCUGGAUACUCACUGUAUUAAGUGGCAGACCUAAUGGAUUUACCAUUUGCGUGGGGGCAUUAGAAGUACUAAAGCUGAAUAACACAGUCCUUCAGCCGACAGAGGUUUAUCUAUAUGACAAUAAUAAAAAUCCUAUACCCAAAUGGCUCUUCAAAACUGUAACCGGUGAUGGUGGUGAACAUUAUGCUUUCCUCACCUAUAACAAUAUAUAUGAACCACAGAAACCAACUCCGAAUUGCCAAGAAGUUACAUGUCCUAGUUCACUGUUAUUCAAUCCAGCCAAAGAGUCAGGAUUUAGUUUCUGUUGUGAUUACAAUGAUUUUAUCAAUAGGAAUGUUCCGCAUUUGAUUAGUGAGUGUAAUUAAAUGAUUAAAGUAUAUAAAUGUCUCUAAAUUCUAUGAAAUCUAAAAUGAUUGUAUAUUAAUCAUUAUGAAGCUGAUUCGAUUUGAAAUUUUUG